AUGGAGGCGCUCGACGUGAUCGUGCUGGGCACGGGCGUGCCGGAGGCCGUGCUGUCUGCGGCGCUGAGCCGCGCAGGGCAGCGCGUGCUGCAUGUGGACGAGGCGCAGUACUAUGGGUCGGAAUGGGCGAGCCUUACGCUCACCGAGCUCUGCGACUGGGCAGCAAAGCACGGCGCGACGGUCGAGUUUGGCGGCGCACAGGGCAUGCCGGACGCGCUCGCGGCCGUCGACCGGCACUAUUCGCUGUCGGUGCGCCCGGCGCUGCUGCCGGCGCACGGUCCGAUGAUCGAGGCGCUCGUGCGCUCGAAUGUCGCGGCCUACGCGACGUUCCGCCUCUUGGAACGCGUCGGCGUCUACAACGACGGCCACAUGGAGCGCGUGCCGAGCAGCAAGAGCGAGAUUUUUCGGCACAAGGGGAUCUCGCUGCCGGACAAGCGCCGCCUGAUGCGCUUCCUGCAGCUCGCGACCGAGGCGCCGCCGGACGAAAAGCUCGCCGACGUUCUUCAUAGCCUCGACCUCGCACCGGCGCUGCAGCGCGCGGUGCAGUACGGCGUGUGCCUCGCGUGGAACGGCGAGGAGCGCGCGGAUACCGCACUCGCACGCACGCGCCAAGCGCUCCAGGGACUGGGGCGCUACGGCGACGCGGCGUACCUCGUCGGCCAGUACGGCGGCGCGGGCGAGCUAGCCCAGGGCUUCUGCCGCGCAUCGGCCGUGAAGGGCGGCACGUUUAUCCUCGGCCAUGCGGUCGAGUCGCUUGUGCACCAAGACGGGCAGUGGGUGCUCAGGCUCGCCGACAUUGAUACCACGUUCUGCGCCAAGACGCUCGCCUGCACGCCCGAGGCGUGGGCCGAGGCGACGAGGCAAGAGGCGCCGCCUCGCGACGUGGCGUACUAUGAGCACCUCGCGCUCGUCGUGACGGCCCAGCCGAUCGACUGGGCGCGCCUUGCCGAGGCGGUAGAUGCGCCGCCGGAAACGGCGCUCGUCGUCCUGCCGCCGGGGAGCGUGCCGGGGCCCAAUGCCAACGCCAUCAUGGUCCUCAUGCAGGGCGAAGGCACGUUUUCGUGCCCCAAAGGGCAGUACGUCUACUACCUCGUGACGCACGCGGAAACCGACGCGCAGCAGCUCAAGAACGCCGUCGAGCUCCUCCUGACGUUUUUGGAAGAGGGCGAGACACAGGCGCUCAUCACCAUGCAUUACGCCCGGCCGAUACCCAAGACCCAUGCCGCGGUCCCUGCGCCGGCGUACAUUGAUACCAGUGCUGUGCCAAGCACCACGACCCGCUCGUCGCUCUUUCUCGAGGACAGCGGGCCGUACCAGCCGAUCGCGAAUCCCACCGAGACGCUCGACCGCGCGGUCGAAGGCGCAGAGCACGCCUUCUGGCAGCUCUUUUCGCCCGACGCACGCACCGCCGCGAUCGACGCGGCGCACAGCCGGAAGCGGUACCACGAACCCGCAGACUACCAGGGCCGCGGCGGCGCGGAGCCCGAGCUGGGGCGCGCGCCGCCCAAGGCUGACGUCGAGUUCUUUGCACCCGAAGAGGACGAGUCAUAG